CCCCCCGGGUGCUUUGGGGUGCUGGGAGGGGUGUCCUGGGGGAGGAUCCCAGUGUAGGGGCUGGGGGGGUUCAGGAUCCCGGUGCAGGAUCCCAAUACAGGAUCCCGGGGCAGAUCCCGGUUCAGGAUUCCAGCCCAGGAUCCCGGUGCACUUCCCGGGGCUGGAUCCCGGUUCAGGAUCCCGUUUGAUGAUCCUGGUUCAGGAUCCCAUUUAAAGAUCCUGGUCCAGUUCCCGGGGCUGGAUCCCGUUUCAGGAUCCCGGUUGAUGAUCCCGGUACAGUUCCCGUUUCGGGAUCGUGGUUGAGGAUCCUGGUGCAGUUCCCGGGGCUGGAUCCCAGUUCAGGAUCCCGGUUCAGGACCCCGGCUGAGGAUCCCGGUUCGGGAUCCUGUUGCAGUUCCCGGUACCAGAUCCCGGUUUGGGAUCCCGGUGCAGCUCCCGGUUGAGGAUCCUGGUUCGGGAUCCCAGCGCAGUUCCCGGGGCUGGAUCCCAGCUCAGGAUCCCGGUUCAGGACCCCGGUUCGGGAUCCUGGUUGAGGAUCCCGGUUGAGGGUCCCGGUGCAGUUCCCGGUUCCCGAUCCCGGGUGAGGAUCCCGGUGCAGGUCCCGGUUCCCGAUCCCGGUUCGGGAUCCCGGUUGCUCAUCGCGCCGCGUCCCCGCGGGUCCCUCGCCCCCUCCCCUCCCCUCCCCUCCCCUCCCCUCCGGUGGCUCCGCCCGCAGCCGCCGGGCCCGGGGGCGGCCGGUGCCGGGGAAGGGGAAGCGGCGGCCGAACCUCCGCUCGGGGCGGCGGCGGCGGCGGCUCCUCCGGCCACCGGCGGGGACCGGGGGGGGGUCCCGGAGCGGCGGGAGCGAGGGGCGGUGCCCCCGGCACCGGGCGCGGCUGCGCAGGAGCCCGGGCGGGCGGCAGCGCUCGGCGGGGGCGGCACCGGCAGCUCCGCGACGGUACCGGGAGGGCACUGGGAGCACCGGGGCGGCACCGGGAGCACCGAGAGCACCGGGGCGGUACCGAGAGGGCACCGGGAGCACCGGGGCGACACCGGGAGCUCCGGGACGGUACCGAGAGCACCGGGACGGUACCGGGAGCACCGAGAGCACCGAGGCGGUACCAAGAGGGCACUGGGAGCACCGGGGCGGCACCGAGAGCACCGGGACGGUACCGGGAGCACCGGGAGGGCACCGGGACGGCACCGGGAGCACCGGGACGGUACCGGGAGCACCGGGACGGCCCCGGGACGGCGCGGGCGGCGGCUGGAGGUCCCCGCAGCCCCGAAUCGCCGUCGCCAUGCCCCGGCGGCGCUGAGCUGGGCACGACGGGCGGCCGGCGGAGCCGCGGCCGGCGAGGAGCCAUGGGGAGCAUCUACAAGGAGUAUUUCAACACGGAGAAGAUCCGGGAGCAUUACAACUACACCAAGGAGGGCACGGAAAGCUCGCCCACCACCUCCCGUUGGGUGGUGUCCAUCCUCAUCGUCGUCCUGUGCUGCUUCAUCGUGCUGGAGAACCUCUUGGUGCUCAUCUCCGUUUGCCGCAACAAGAAGUUCCACUCGGCCAUGUACAUUUUCAUCGGCAAUUUGGCUUUCUCCGACCUCUUGGCCGGCUUGGCCUUCAUGGCCAACAUCUUGCUGUCCGGAGCCACCACGUUCAACCUGACGCCGGUGCAGUGGUUCGUGCGGGAGGGCACGGCCUUCGCCACUUUGGCCGCGUCCGUCUUCAGCUUGUUGGCCAUCGCCAUCGAGCGCCACGUGGCCAUCACCAAGGUCAAGGUGUACAGCAGCGACAAGAACUGCCGCAUGGUGCUGCUGAUCGGCGCGUGUUGGGUCAUCGCCGCCGCCAUCGGGAGCCUCCCCAUCAUGGGUUGGAACUGCAUGAGCGACCUGGGCGACUGCUCCACCGUCCUCCCGCUCUACUCCAAACGCUACAUCCUCUUCGUCAUCACCAUCUUCACCCUCAUCCUCCUCGCCAUCGUGGGGCUCUACAGCCGCAUCUACUGCAUCGUGCGCUCCAGCCACGCCGAGAUCGCCAGCGCCCAGACCUUGGCUUUGCUCAAGACGGUCACCAUCGUCUUGGGAGCCUUCAUCGUCUGCUGGCUGCCGGCCUUCAUCAUCCUCCUCAUGGACGCCUCGUGCCCCGUGCGGGCGUGCCGCGUCCUCUACAAGGCCAACUACUUCUUCGCCUUCGCCACGCUCAACUCGGCCGCCAACCCCAUCAUCUACACGUUACGGAGCAAGGACAUGCGGCGCGAGUUCCUGCGGGUGCUGUGCUGCUGCGGCGCCGGGCGCCGGGACCGGCCCCCCGGGCGCUGCGCGCUCCCCCCGCGCACAUCCAGCUCGCUGGACCGCUGCACCCCCAAAUACGAGCUGCCCACCUCGCCCAUCACCCGCGACUGCACCACCUCGGUCUAGCGGGGGGGGCGCACGUCCCACGGACGCCCCGCGCGUGGGGUGGUGGGUACGCGGUGGGGAGGGGGAUAUUUCUAUAGGUACGGAUGGACAAUUGCACCUUCAUCCCCCCCCACCCAAACUGGGGCAUCCCCUCCGGGUUUCCCCGUGGUGAUGCCGGGGUUUCCGCGACCGGUGCAUGUUUGGGGGGGUCAAACACACGUGUUCUUCCCACUCUCUGGCCGGGGUUUCCGUGACCGGUGCGUGUUCGGGGGGGGUUGAACAUACGUGUUGGGGGCUGGACAUGCGUGUUCUCCCCACUCUCCAGCCAGGGUUUCCGUGACCGGUGCGUGUUCGGGGGGGGGGGGUUGAACAUACAUGUUGGGGGCUGGACAUGCGUGUUCUCCCCACUCUCCAGACGGGGUUUUCAUGACCGGUGCAUGUUUGGGGGGGGUUGAACAUACAUGUUGGGGGCUGGACACGCAUGUUCUCCCCACUCUCCGGCCGGGGUUUCCGUGACCGCUGCGUGUUCGGGGGGGGCUGAACACGCGUGUUUCUCUUCCCACGCCCAGCCCGAGCCCCGGGGCCCCCGCGGGACCUGUCGGACGGGUCCCGGGGCCCCUCCCCACGGCACCCCAUGGCGCCAGUGGCAAAUCCUCUGCCCCCGGCUGCUCGCCGGCACCGUGGGUGGCACCGACCGCUGCUCCUGGCCCGGGGGGGGGGUUUGCCAAUAAAGCCGGGCCUGGGGCGCUC